UUUGUAGGGGUUGGGAAGUCAUGUCUUCUUCUUCAGUUUACAGAUAAGCGAUUUCAGCCUGUUCACGAUCUCACCAUAGGGGUUGAGUUUGGUGCAAGAAUGAUAAAUAUCGAUGGGAAACCUAUAAAGCUGCAAAUAUGGGACACGGCUGGACAGGAGAGUUUCCGUUCUAUAACCAGGUCAUAUUACAGAGGUGCUGCAGGAGCACUCCUUGUGUAUGACAUCACUAGACGAGAGACAUUUAGCCAUUUAACAUCAUGGUUGGAAGAUGCACGACAACACUCUAGUAGCAAUAUGGUGAUCAUUUUAAUUGGGAACAAAAGUGAUCUGGAGGGCCGUAGAGAUGUAUCGAGGGAGGAAGGAGAGGCAUUUGCUAGAGAACAUGGCCUGAUAUUUAUGGAAACCUCUGCCAAAACUGCAGCAAAUGUGGAGGAGGCCUUUAUUGGCACUGCCAAAGAAAUUUACAAGAAAAUUCAGCAGGGGCUCUUCGAUGUAAACAAUGAGGCUAAUGGUAUUAAGGUUGGACCACAACAGACACUUCCGGAGCCUCUUGGAGGAUCAAGACAAAGCCAGGCAGAAGGGAGAGGGUCUUCUGGCUGCUGUUAA